CUCCUUCUCUCUGACCGGCUCCCACCGUGUGACCAUCAUCAUGAGUUUCUUACCUCCACCAGGUUACCAGCCCAUCUACAACCCUGACAUCCCAUAUGUGGGGCCCAUCUACGGUGGUUUGAGGACGGGGAUGUCUGUGUACAUCCAGGGAAUGGUGCCCCAUGGGAUCACCAGGUUCUACGUCAACCUGCAGUGCGGGGAGAUGGAAGGCUGUGACAUAGCCUUUCACAUGAACCCUCGGUUCGACUUCUGGGACAAGGUGGUGUUCAACACCUUCCAGAAUGGCUGCUGGGAAGGAGAGGAGAAGAUCCACGAGAUGCCCUUCAGAAAGGGACACAACUUUGAGCUGGUCAUCGUUGUCAACUCAGAGGGCUACCAGGUGAAUGUAAACGGUCGUCAGCUCUACUUGUUCCAGCAUCGCAUGCCGGUGGAGAGAGUGACUGCCUUACACAUCAACGGGGACAUCUCUGUACAGAGCAUCAACAUCAUCGGGGGAGGACAAGGAGGCAUGCAGGGUUAUCAGGGAGGGAUGGGGGGUGGCAUGCAGGGUUAUCAAGGAGGGAUGGGGGGAUCUAUGGGUGGUGGAAUGCAAGGGUAUCCAGGCAAUGGGAUGGGAGGCAUGGGGGGUGGAGGAGGAGGAGGAAUGGGGUUUCCUGGGGGAAACCUGCCGAUGAUGGGUGGAGAGCCGAUCUACAACCCAUGCAUUCCCUACUCUAACAUGAUCCCAGGAGGGAUGAUUCCAAAGAGAACCAUCAUUAUUCGGGGUAUGGUACCUUUUGGGGCCAACAGGUUCGCCAUUAACUUCCGAGUGAGCAAUGGCGAAGACAUCGCCUUCCACUUUAAUGCCCGGGUGGCAGAGGGGGUGCUGGUCCGAAACAGCUACAUGGGCGGGUGCUGGGGGCAGGAGGAAAGGGAUGUCAACUUCAACCCCUUCGCGGAGGGCCAGUACUUUGACAUCUCGGUGCGCUGUGGGAAUCAGAGGUUUAAGGUGUAUGUAAACGGGCAGCACUUGUGCAACUUCUCCCACCGUCACCAGCCCUUCACCCAGAUUGACAUGCUGCAGAUCGAAGGGGACGUGCAGCUGUCCUACAUACAUUUCUGAGGCUUGCUGCUCUGGUACCCUGCUCUGAUGUCUCCACUCUGAUGUCACUGUUCUGGUCCCCUGCUCUGAUGUCACUGUUCUGGUCCCCUGCUCUGAUGUCACUGUUCUGGUACCCUGC